GUUGUGCUCACGGUGGAGAUACUCGGCUGGCGAAGCUGGUUGGGAGCCUGCCAGCAUCGAGCACCGCAUAAAUUAUCACAUUUUAAGUGAUUGUCGCUGGCACUGGGUCUUGAUGUCUAGCAGCUGACUUACUUUCGGCGUGAAUGAGCAACAAAUCCAGCUCUCCUUGGACAAUGUUGCCAAUAUGCAGUGGGUAGCUCGCUAAUACUACUAUGGCUAUCCUUUAGCAUUUUACCAAAAGGAGACGAUGUAAUUGCGGCCAUUGUACGUAAACGCCACAGGUUUAUUUCAGAAGUACUUUGCUACCAGUCUGCAUCACUAUGACAGUAUGACUUACAAACCCUGAGCUGACAAAAGAACUAGCUUUGUUAGCCUGUAGCGGCUAACAUAACUGCAGACGCAAGGGUCCAUGCACGGAGCCUGCGAGAUGUGCAUCCCAUGGAGGUGAAGUGUUUCCCGGAUUGGCAAAGAUGGGGGGUCGCCUAAGACAACCUUUUCUGCCCCUGUCAGCAGGAGGCGAACCAUGGGGACUGCGGAAGAGUGGAACAAGCACAGUGCUCAAAAACUCCUGGAUAAAAAGGUCCAAAAGCAGAAUGGGCGGCUUGGUAUAGUGAAAAGCCUAUUUAAAACCCAAAACACACUUCAAAUACAGUCCCUCAUCACCCGCUCUGAAUGUGCAGGCUCCUGUCCUAAUUUGAUGAUGAACAGGCAAGACCAAAUCGAUGUGCGCCCUGUGCCGGUGGCCCUCACCCCACAGCUGCCCCCCAGGCUGCACCGGCCCCUCUGUGUGUCCGUUUCCUCUGACAGCAGUGGGAGAUUUAAGGCACUGGAGACCCAAGAAUGGAAGAACAACCUCAAAGCCCAGAUGGAACAGGCCCACAGUGCAGGGGCAGCCAGCAGCACUGGCUCUCUGGAGCGUGCCUCUCUGUUCUGUGCCUCAGCCUCCACCACCUCUGGCUCGGGCCUGUCUAGUCCAGUCGAGUUCCUCAACAAAAACAAGUCCUCCAGCCGCUUCUCCCUCUUCUCUCCGCCCUGGAACAGCAGCUCUGAGUCUGAAUCCAACCCUCCAUCUCGCUCCGGUUCCAAAAAACUGCGUAACUACAGUCGUAGAGCCGCUACAGGUCCCGCUGGAGCCAGGGGACCUGAUGUCCUUGAUCCUAAACCCAGUGAACACUUCCAGUACUCCGAACCAGUCAUCUCCAAAGUAACGGACUAUAUCUUUGUCGGGAAUCUAAACGCUGCUUAUAAUGGCCGUACUUUGUGCCGCAACAACAUUGACAGUAUAAUAGACAUGAGUAAUGUGCCAGGUGAAUCUGGCCCAAAUCUCAAUCUAAUCCCUUGCACAUGCUCUCGGGGGGCGCGCCACAGCUGGUCCCGGCUUAAGGUGGACAUCAGUGAUGUACCAGACGCUCUGGGGGAUGGUCCCGCCUUAAAACAGCGCUGCUUUGAGGACAUCAAUGAAUGCAUCAACGCCUCCACAGAAAAGAAGAAGAGAGUCCUUGUUCACUGUCGGGAUGGGUUUUCUCUUGCCCCCACCUGCAUCAUUCAGUAUCUAAUGGUAAAGCAAAACAUGAGGCUUAUUGCUGCCUAUGAACUGCUAAGAGCCAAGUAUCCAGUGAACAUCAGGGAGUGCCAUCAGAAUGUGUUGGUCAGCUUGGAAAAAGCAUUGCGACCAGGAGGCAAUGUGGAUCCCGAAUGCUUCAAACAGGCCAUCUCCCGCAAAGUGGCAUGGACAUGACUGUAAAAUAACAUGAACACUAACACACUGUCCAGCUGCAUAUAUUUGUCCCACAUCAGUUAAGUGGUCGUAAAACUUGACGUUUUUUCCUUGUACCUGUAAAUGUGAAUGGGAAAACAAGCAUACAGCCCUGUGGUGUACAGAUGUGAAAGUGCUGGCUGUAGAAUUCAUAUAGUCCUGCUUCAGAUCUGUGCCAUGCUGAUAAUAAUGAUAUACAUUAGUGCAGUUUGUAAGCGAUAAUUGAUGUCAUUCAGAUAUGACUGGAGAAUCUAUUUACUUAAUUAGUUUUGUUUAAUAGUCCCUAAGAAUAGAAGAUUUGGUGUUGAUGCAGCCAAGAUUUUUCAGCAAUGAAAUGAAUGUGGAAAGCUCAAACUAUGAAAGCCACAACUACAAAAUUGUUUUCUCAGAUUUAUCACUAUGUUUUAGUCUGGCAAUGUUGUGGAUACAUGGAUCUACUUUCAUUUUAAACCUACUUUAUGAUGCAUCAAACGCACCAGUCAUGUAUGCAUGCUUCUAGGAAAAUUUAAUAUACUUAGUUGAAACAUUGUUUUAGGUUGAAUGCAUAAUCUACUUGAAAAUGUAUAUUGUGUGGUUACUGCCAGGUGAAAUAUGUGCAAGUACAUUCUUAUUUUGUAUUUUUAAACAAUUUGAUCUCUUGGCUGAAAUUUAAAAUGGUUGCCAUAUCUGCUCUGCUGUCAAGUGGAGCAUAGUUAACUAUCAGUACCGAAUGGAUAUGGAUGAUCUGCUUAUAUUUUGAUGAACUAUUGCACAUGGACAUAUUUUUAAUCUAUUUUUUGUCUUAUGUUUUUUUUCUUACUCAAAAGACGGUGUAACGACCAGAUUGUGUCCUCCAUGAGGAAGUUUGUAGCCCACUUUUUAAAAGUUAAAUUUCUUUAAUUUGGUGGGACUCGUGAUUUUGGUGUAUGUAUGCAGUGAAAUUGGUUGUGCAUCUCUGGAUUGUCAGUAUUGUCAGGUGUCUAUGCCACUGAAUGGCAAUUCAGGGUCAACGCUGCAAGAGAUGACUUUGCACUAUAUGUACAAUUAUCCACAAUGCAAGGUAUUUCCUCCACUUUCCCUGUAUCCUGGUUGGCCAUUCCAACAUGAUGAAUCACCACUGCAAUUCAUCUUUCUAUAGUAGAGUACAUGACCAAUAGUGGCUGGCCAGAAUCUCAUUAAAGUAACAUGUUAUUUUUUCAGCUGAACUAUUGAUGAAUUUAUAAGACUCGAAGUAAAUUAAAAUGGUUAAGAAUAAAGAAUAAAAGAUAUGUGACAGAAGCAACAAUAUUAUGCAGCAAUUCACAAGGUUAAGAAUUAAUAAAUGGCUAAACUAUAUUAAGUCUAGAUUUGAUAACACAUAAAAUGGUUUACAUGAAACAUCUGCACAUUAACAGUAAUUACAGAAUUUUGGUAAUGUUUACUUGAUAUAAUACUAAAACAGUGAAAUGGCAUCCUGACAACGUGUAUUUUCUUAUGGGCAGCCUUAAUAAAAAUCUAUAUUUUGUAAGA